AUGGCUAGACUUUUUAGCGAUUCCGUUCAGCCUCCCUCACUAUCUACCCGCCCCGUUAUCUGUCAAUCUGAUGAGGUUGGUGAGAUAUGUCUUGCUGCUGAGUAUACUGGUACUGGAUACUGGGGUCUGAGGGGGCAGACCGGAGCUCAUUUUCAUGUCGAGCCUCUACUUCCUGAUGGCAGUCUCGCCGCACCUGGCCGAGGUGGAUUCACUCGAUCAGGUCUCAUCGGUUUUCGUGGCCCUGUGUCUUCGGUAUGCUUUCAUGAAUCAAUCACUUAA